CCUGAUGGCUGGAGGCGUCUGAGGGGCGGACGGCGACGGCGGCGGCGGCGGCGGCGGUGGCGGGCGCGGGCGGCGAGGGCAGCGGGGCUGGAACUGAAACAGCCGCCGCGCGGACCCGACCAGCCUCGCCGGCUCCUGCCCGCAGGCCGCGAGCGCGACGACCGGGUCGAUCAGGCGGCGGCGUGGGCGCCAGACUGGGCGAGGGCGAGAGCUUGAAUUCUGAAGUGAGGAGAGCACUGAGACCUGAAGAUGAGUGAACUUGACCAGCUGCGGCAGGAGGCCGAGCAACUGAAGAACCAGAUCAGAGAUGCUCGUAAAGCUUGUGCUGAUGCAACUCUUUCUCAGAUCACAAACAACAUUGAUCCGGUGGGAAGAAUCCAAAUGCGAACCAGAAGAACGCUGAGGGGUCAUCUGGCCAAGAUUUAUGCCAUGCACUGGGGCACAGACUCAAGGCUCCUUGUCAGCGCCUCUCAGGAUGGAAAACUCAUCAUCUGGGACAGCUACACCACAAACAAGGUCCAUGCCAUCCCUCUGCGCUCUUCCUGGGUUAUGACCUGUGCUUACGCUCCUUCUGGGAAUUACGUGGCUUGUGGGGGCCUGGAUAACAUCUGCUCCAUUUACAAUCUGAAAACCCGUGAAGGGAAUGUGCGUGUGAGUCGUGAGCUGGCAGGACACACAGGUUAUCUGUCCUGUUGCCGGUUCCUGGAUGACAAUCAGAUAGUCACCAGCUCUGGAGACACCACAUGUGCCCUGUGGGACAUUGAGACUGGCCAGCAGACGACGACAUUUACUGGACACACUGGAGAUGUCAUGAGUCUGUCUCUCGCUCCUGACACCAGACUGUUUGUCUCUGGUGCUUGUGAUGCUUCAGCCAAGCUCUGGGAUGUCCGAGAAGGGAUGUGCCGGCAGACCUUUACAGGACAUGAGUCUGACAUCAAUGCCAUAUGUUUCUUUCCCAAUGGCAAUGCCUUUGCCACUGGCUCAGACGAUGCUACGUGCAGGCUGUUUGACCUCCGUGCAGACCAGGAGCUCAUGACCUACUCCCAUGACAACAUUAUCUGUGGAAUCACAUCUGUUUCCUUCUCCAAGAGUGGCCGCCUCCUCCUGGCUGGGUACGAUGACUUCAACAGCAAUGUCUGGGAUGCACUCAAAGCUGACAGAGCAGGUGUUUUAGCUGGACAUGACAACCGUGUCAGCUGCCUGGGGGUGACUGAUGAUGGCAUGGCUGUGGCAACAGGGUCCUGGGACAGCUUCCUCAAGAUCUGGAACUAAGGCCAGUAGCAGCAGGUGGAUGCCAUGGUGACUGGAAGACCAUUCCAACCUUGGAGCGUUACAGCGAUAGCAUACCCUAUCCAACCAUACUAACGUGGACACCCACACCUCCCCUCAGAACUUCAAAAGGGCAAGAUCUUUUUUCCUUCACUUAUUGCUGAAACCAAGAGCACAACUCCCAUUAAGAGAAGGAUCUCUGUGCUGUAAACUAAAACAAAUUGUGCAUUCCUUCCGGGGCCAUUGUCUUUGUUUUCUUCUUUUGUCUUGGGUAAAUUUUAAAAGGAAAUACUACAAUAAAAAUGUUAACCAGAA